GUGCAGCAUUGGGGACGCCUUCAUCUGCCAAACAGUCAGUAUGUUCGCACCACAUGGAAGGAGAUUGUCAACAAUGUAUCUCGCAUGAGUCGUAAUGUGAAGUUUAUGUUUGAUGCUAGAUUAAGAUAUAGAGAAGUGCUCUAUUUCUUCCGGCAUAAAGUCAAUAACUAUAUCCACACACUUGCCGUCAUCUCUCUUUACAGUCUUGAGAAUGCUUUUUUGCUUUCAGAAUUAUCAGGUACUGUUUGGGCAUGCCAAGCGCAAGGGGAUAACACCCUCAUUGUGAUCAAUGUCAAAACAAUUUUGACUUGUGUCGCAAUGAUUCCACACAUGUUCUCGAUCCCAGAUGCUAAUUCUCUGCAAUUGUAUCUUGCCAUGGACAAGCUUGGCAUAGACAUCGGGAAUAUGAGAGGAGUAGGCAGCGGUGAUGACAAUAGUGAUGAUGACAAUGACCAUGAUAAUGAUGAGGUGCUACAUCAGGAAAAGCGCGUGGAUCUUCCAUGGCCUGAUAUGGCCUGGGCAGGCCAUGUAAGCCAGGUGCGGCAAUACAACCUCACCAAGCGCCACCGGUCUUGUAAGAGUCGAGAAGGGUAA